AUGGUCAGGCUUCGUGCGUGUUUCGUCAACCACAAAGUGGCACGUUACAACCGUGUAACGCCUCCUUCAAUUCGUCUACGUCAAGAGGCAGAUGACGCGCGCAAGGCGUCUGAAUCUGCGGCGUCUUCACCAUCUAGUUUGUUCUCACCAUCCGGUGCGCCUAUUCCUUCUGAUCCCAAGGGAUAUGUACCGUCUCUUCGGGAACCGAUACGCCGCACGCCACCUGAUUUACCAGCGGAUUCUCCACUUGAUUCUUCACUGGAUUUACAAGCUGAUUCUUCAGGAUCUCCCGUUGCGCCUUCGGAUCAUGACACCUCUCGUACUGAUGACGUUGCCAUGUCAGAUGACGGCGUUGGGUCGACUUUGGGUGAUGCUGUCGACGAAUCUGUUUCGGACCCCUCCGACUUCAACUUGGAGGCAUUUUUGGGUGAAGUUAUCAAUGCCCCCAAGAUUAAUCCUGGUCCACCGCUAUGGACGAAAGCGGGUACCAAUCGUCAGGCUCUUUACGGUCGAUCUGGCGCUGAUCUGGUUGAAGCCAAGUCGAUCAAGUAUGACUUUAACGCUGAAGCUAGUACAGCUCAAGCGACUGGCCUCGUCAAACCAAAUUACUACCAUUCGCUAUGGUUCGAGGACGCUGACCCGGACGUCGCUCAAUGGCAGUACGAUCUCGAAGUUCGUUAA